AUGGCGACCGAAACUGCUCCCACCAACGGCCUGUAUGGCACAAACCAGUACGGCCAACCUGCUGAACUUGCUGCCUCUACGCCUUCUGCGCCUACCCAUAACCCCUCUGCGUCUCAGAGUACCACUACCUCCGCGAACGCUCCCAAGGCUGACCCGCAAGAGAUCGGCUGGUACUUUGUCGAACAAUACUAUACCACUUUGUCCAAGAGUCCAGAGAAGAUCCACCUCUUUUAUUCCAAGAGGUCGCAGCUUGUCACUGGUGUUGAAGCCGAGAAGGUUGUCCCUGCGGUUGGUACUAAGGCAAUCAGCGAGAAGAUCAAGGCGCUUGACUUCCAGGACUGCAAAGUGCGCGUCCUCAAUGUCGAUUCCCAAUCCUCCUACUCCAACAUCGUUGUCCAAGUCAUUGGCGAGAUGUCCAACAAGUCCGAACCUCACCACAAAUUUGUCCAGACUUUCGUUCUUGCUGAGCAACCCAACGGCUACUUUGUCCUCAAUGACAUCUUCCGCUACUUGAGCGAUGAUGUUGAUGAGAUCGUUGAAGAUGAACAGCCGCAACCAGAAGUCCCUGCCGAGGAACCAGCCACCCCAGCCGAAGGUUUGACUGAUCCUCAGCCGCGCGUCGAGGAGACUGUUGCCACAGAAGAGGCGGCCGAGAAGGUGGACGAGAAGCUUGAAGAAGACAAGAAGGAGUCAUCUGAGGCGGCUGCUACUGAAGUCAACGGUGCCGUCAUCCCAACUCCCGCCGAACAACCUGCCGAAGCAACCGAGACUCCAGCAACUUCUGCCCCAGCAACUGAAGCACAAGCAGCUAGCAGUCCUGCCCCAGAGCAGCAACAAGCUGCGCCAGAGCCUACUCCCAAGACGGAGACCAGCACGGAGACUGCUCCUGCUGCUCCCGCUCCGGUUGAAGCGCCACCGGCGAAAAAAACCUGGGCAAGCAUGCUUGGAGGUGGUUCUAAAGCUCCUGCAGUUCCCGCUCUCCCCGCCACUACUCCAGCAGCGCAGCAGAAGGCUCCUCGGCCAUCGCAAGCUGCCCAACCCGCAAAGACCCCAGCUGAACCUGCUGCUUCUACAAUCGCCGCUACCGGUAAUGCAAACUCCCAGAGUAACGGUUGGCAGACAGCCGAGCACAGCAAGAAGGGCAAGGGGCCGCAGAACAAGCCCGCUUCCGAGGGGACUGUCCUUGCUUACAUCAAGAAUGUGAACGAUAAAGUGGAUGCUAGAGUCCUCCGCGAGGUUCUGGAGCGUUAUGGCGAACUCAAGUAUUUCGACGUGUCUCGCCCAAAGAACUGCGCUUUUGUCGAAUUUGCUGAUCCUGCUGGCUAUGCCGCGGCAGUCGCAGCAAACCCGCAUACUGUCGGCACAGAGCAAAUCUACGUCGAGGAACGUCGUCCUCGUCCGAAUGCCUACGGCGGCAGCAACGCCAACUACAGCCGUGGUGGUGGUAACAACGCCGGUCGUGGCCGAGGCGGAAUGCAAGGCGGUCGAAGUGGCAGCCAGAGCAACUUCCCCAAGGACGCCGGCCGAGGUGGUGGUUUCCAACAGCGAGGUGGAAAAUCCGGCACGGUCACUCCCAAGGCACGUGGGCAGACCCAAGCCUCAUAA